AUGGACAGUAUCAAGAAGGGCCUGGAGCGUGACAACUUGAGGAAGACUUAUGCAGCUCAAAACGUGACUGGUGGUGGCGGUGGCGGAAACAACAAGGGCAACAAAUAGGACAACAACCUGAAGGGACAAAUCAGCGAGGCCAUCGUGACUGAACCCAACGUCAAGUGGUAGGACGUCUCCGGAUUGGAGAACGCCAAGAAUGCGCUGAAGGAGGCUGUCAUACUCCCCAUCAGAUUCAAAGAAAUUUUCACAGGAUCUAGAAAACCAUGGAAGGGCAUCCUGCUUUACGGUCCGCCAGGAACAGGAAAGACCUUCUUGGCGAAGGCAUGCGCGACCGAAGCCGAGGGCACAUUCUUCUCGGUUUCAUCCUCCGACCUAAUGAGCAAGUACGUCGGUGAGAGCGAGAAGCUGAUAAAGGCCCUCUUCAAUAGCGCGCGCGACAAGAAGCCAUCGAUCAUCUUCAUCGACGAAAUCGACUCCAUGUGCGGCAACCGUUCCGACGGCGAAAACGAAGCCUCCCGAAGAGUCAAGACCGAGUUCUUGGUCCAGAUGCAGGGCGUCGGCCACGACGACACUGGAGUGCUCGUACUCGGAGCCACCAACUUGCCGUGGGCACUUGAUCCCGCCAUCCGACGACGCUUCGAACGCAGGAUCUACAUCUCGCUCCCUGAGUAUGAGGCCAGGUAACUCCAUCGUAAUCCAAUGGGCAUGCUGAAAAAGGGCAUGAAGGACACCCCCAACGAACUCACCGAGGCAGACUAUGACGAGUUCGCCAAGUUCACCGAGAACUUCAGUGGCAGCGAUAUCAGCAUCUUGGUCCGCGACGCCGUCUACGAACCUGUUAGAAGAUUGCAGCUGGCCAAACAGUUCAGGAAGCUACCCAAUGGCAAGUGGACCCCCUGCAGGGAGGGCGAGACAGGCGAAAAUAAGAGCUGGCUUGAUUUCAAGGAAGCGGAACUGGAUAUCGGCAAGAUUACCAAGGACGACUUCGUCAGUGCGCUCAAGAGGACCAAACCCUCCGUCGAUUCCACCCAACUCAAGGAGUAUGAGGAAUUCACCAAGACCUUCGGUCAGGAUGGUUGA